UGCAGACUGUUGAGUCCGAUGAAGAAUCUUAUGUUACGCUGGCGGCAAUAACGCAUUCGUCCCUCCCAAACGCCCAACGCAGCGACCUCACUGUAGACCGCAGGAACCGAUGCCACCACUCUGACGCCAUACGCCGCCCUGUUCCAGUUUGGCUCGGCGGCAGCAGCAGCAUUAAUCACAACGCCUUUACCUAAUCAUACGAUGCAGUGGCCUCGGCCGCUGGGAUCCCGUUCGGCAACGUGGUGUCGCCAAGCUUUGGUGUCGACAAGCAAUUCAACCUGUCCAAGGCUUUGAGUUGUUCGACAAUGUGGCCUCGGCACAGGCCGCCAUCCAGGCGAUGCACGGUUUCCAGAUCGGCACCAAGCGGCUGAAAGUGUAGCUGAAGCGUACGAUGGUCGCAUCGAAACCGUACAAGAGCCGGAAGUGGAAAAAAGUGUGAGGCAGGAAUUCUAAGCGCUAGUCGCGAAAUUGCUGGCAGUAAAAUCCUGAUUGAGCACGGAGGAGUUCCAGGACUCGGAGGAACCAGGAUGCAAUCGCCUUCCAAGUGGCCUCGACGUAUACGAAAAGUUUUAUUCGUCAAAUACCAUGACGGUGACAGUCUGGUAGGAAAGGAGUCGUUUUCUUCAGGCAACCAUACAAGAGGUCGUCUCUAAGCUAGGAAGGCCUUGAUGCUUGAGACAAAACCACAGUUUGUCGGAUGGAUUAUUCUACCGGAAGGCAAGCUGCCGUAGGUCAUCUUGAUUUCAGAGGGGUCUGACGAAUACGACGGAAAUAAUUUACAACAUGAAGCUACGAGAAGAAUUUCUGUAUUUUCGAUUCAUCCCGGAUUUUUUAGAGCUGCUCCAAAGCCUGAAUAGCAACCGUGGAGGAACAAUUUUAUGCUUCGUUAUCUUCGUGGGUUUUGAAUCAAAACCGUUGCAACAUCCUUCUCCGAGUUUUCUUCGACUCAGCAACGAACCUGCACCAAUCUUUACUAAGGCAAUUGCAUCCGGAUUCGACUGCUUAGCUGAUGCACCGAGCGUAAUGAACGAAUCGCGAAACAAACUUCCUCUCUCGGGCAUUUUGGCGCAACGAUUCGUGUAUUCCGUUUGCUUGAUACUGAUCCCGGAAAAGCCAGACAACGAUGAUUCCGACAUAAAUAAUUAUAAUAAAUUGUAAAACGUCGCUACUGGAAGUUUAGAAUUUUGAGAUGAAAAUUAUAUUCAAUAAACAAUGAUAAAAAAAAUGUAAACAACAGCUCUUAUGAGAGCUUGGCGACGUCUAAUAAUCUUUCUCUUUCAGGCGCAUAGAAAACCCUAUCCUUUCUAUGCGCUUGAAAGAGAAAGAUGAUUAGACAUCAGCAAGCUCUAUUUCAUGAAAGAAAACAAAAACAAGAAGAAGAACCCCAAAUCAGGAGCUCGAUGUGGCUUGACGUUCCAUAGCAGGACA